UUAGCCCUCACGUUCCUUCCCUUCCCAAUUUCACUAUCUCCACGUGCACGACGGCCUCCUCCGCCGCGGAGAGCACAGCAACCAUGGCCGCCGUCGCCGCCGCCGCCGGACUCAUCCUAGCUCUCGCCUUCGCGUCGUCGUCGCCGCCCGCCGCCGCGGCGGUCAAGUUCAACGUCACCGAGAUCCUGCACGAGUUCCCGGAGUUCUCCGUGUUCAACGGCCUCCUCUCGCAGACGAGGCUCGCCGAGGACGUCAACCUGCGGCCGGCCGUCACCGUCCUCGUCGUCGACGACGCCGCCGCCGGCGCCAUCACGUCGCUCCCGGAGGCCACGCAGGGGGAGGUGGUGGCGCUGCAGGUGCUCCUCGACUACUACGACCCCGUCAAGCUGUACAGCCUCAAGGCGAAGACGGCGCUCCUCCCCACGCUGCUCCGGCCGACCGCCGCCGGCGGCGGCGGCGGAGGCGUGGGGCUCGUGAAGUACACCCAGGUCGCCGACGACCAGAUGGCGUUCGGCUCCGGCGAGCCCGGCGCGCCGAUCGGGUCGCAGCUGGUGAAGGUCGUGGCGUGCCGGCCGUACAACCUCUCCGUCAUGCAGGUCAGCGCCCCCAUCGUGGCGCCGAGCUUGGGCGGCCCCUCUUCCGGCGGCGGCACGCCGCCGUCUUCUCCGGCGACGGCCAAGAGCGCCGACGACGCGUCGGCCUCCUCGAUGACGGACUACGACGACGAUCCCAUCGCUCCGGCGGCGGUUGAUGGUCCGGGAAUUGUGGAUACGCCGCCGACGAAGACGACAUCGCCGUCGACAAACGGGACAAGUGCGGCGGCGGACGGGACAACAACGUCGGCGGGAAGCUGCGCGGUGGUGGCCGGCGCAGGCGUUGGGCUGAUGGCGGCGGGGCUCGUGAUGUUCAUUUCAGUUUAAUGUUAAUUAAUUAGAGGCUUAGACUCCCUUUUUCUUUUCUUGGUUAUUAAUGCUGAUUUAAUUA